CUCCCCCGCCUCUGGCGCGCACCGGCCCCGGCGUCUCCGGCCCCGCCUGCGCCGGGGUCGCUGCAGUCCCCGCGGCUGCCCCAGGCUCCCUCCCCAGGCGCCCCGGCUUGAUUCCAGCCCGGGGAGCGCCUCGGGGGCAGCGCGGGACAGCGAGGGAGGCCGAGGCGGGGGCCCUGGGCGCCCCAGCUCUCCCACCCUGGGAGGCGGCCCCGACUCCGGGAGCCGGAACGCAGGGAAAGGCAAGGACGGGGCGGCCGGCGGAGGGGCGGGCGCCGCUCAUCAGCCACGCCAGUCACGUCUGGGGCCACCCGGCUGCCUUCUUCGUUUCCCCCUUUGCUUUCUCCCCUCUCUCUUGUUGGCGAGGGCAAAGUGGCCGUGGCGGCGCCAUGCCCGGGCCGGAGUGAGUGCGCGCGGGCGAAAAUGGCGUACAUCCAGUUGGAACCGUUAAACAAGGGUUUUCUUUCUAGAAUCUCCGACGUGCUGCUAUGCAGGUGGACUUGCCACCGCUGCUGUCAGAAGUGCUGUGAAUCCAGCUGCUGCCAGUCGAGCGAGGAUGAAGUGGAAAUUUUGGGACCUUUUCCUGCCCAGACGCCUCCGUGGCUGAUGGCUAGCCGGAGCAGUGACAAGGACGGGGACUCCGUCCACACAGCCAGCGAAGUCCCUCUGACUCCACGGACCAGCUCCCCCGAUCGGAGAUGCUCAUCCUCGGACACAUCUAAGUCCACGCACAGCCUGACCCGGAGGAUUUCAAGUCUCGAGUCCAGACGACCCAGCUCCCCGCUCAUUGAUAUUAAACCCAUCGAGUUUGGCGUUCUCAGCGCCAAGAAGGAGCCCAUCCAGCCCUCGGUGCUCAGACGGACCUAUACCCCGGACGAUUAUUUCAGAAAGUUCGAGCCCCGGCUGUACUCCCUUGACUCCAACAGCGACGACGUGGACUUCCUGACCGAUGAGGAGAUCUUGUCCAAGUACCAGCUGGGCAUGCUGCAUUUCAGCACCCAGUACGACCUGCUGCACAACCACCUGACGGUGCGGGUCAUCGAGGCCAGGGACCUGCCGCCCCCCAUCUCCCACGACGGCUCGCGCCAGGACAUGGCGCACUCCAACCCCUACGUCAAGAUCUGCCUCCUGCCGGACCAGAAGAACUCGAAGCAGACGGGGGUCAAACGCAAGACCCAGAAGCCCGUGUUCGAGGAGCGCUACACCUUCGAGAUCCCCUUCCUCGAGGCGCAGCGGCGGACGCUGCUUCUAACCGUGGUAGAUUUUGAUAAAUUCUCACGCCACUGCGUCAUCGGGAAGGUGUCUGUGCCUCUGUGCGAGGUGGACCUGGUCAAGGGCGGCCACUGGUGGAAGGCGCUGAUCCCUAGUUCUCAGAAUGAAGUAGAGCUGGGGGAGCUGCUUCUGUCACUGAAUUAUCUCCCGAGUGCCGGGAGACUCAAUGUUGAUGUCAUUCGAGCCAAGCAACUUCUUCAGACAGAUGUGAGCCAAGGGUCAGACCCCUUUGUGAAAAUCCAACUGGUUCAUGGACUCAAGCUUGUGAAAACCAAGAAGACAUCCUUCUUAAGAGGCACAAUUGAUCCUUUCUACAACGAGUCCUUCAGCUUCAAAGUUCCCCAAGAAGAACUGGAAAAUGCCAGCCUCGUGUUUACAGUGUUCGGCCACAACAUGAAGAGCAGCAACGACUUCAUCGGAAGGAUCGUCAUCGGCCAGUACUCUUCGGGCCCCUCCGAAUCCAACCACUGGCGACGGAUGCUUAACACCCACCGCACGGCCGUGGAGCAGUGGCACAGCCUGAGGUCCCGGGCCGAGUGUGACCGCGUGUCUCCCGCCUCACUGGAGGUGACCUGAGGGCUACUGGGAAGGCAAUUUUCAUUUGUUGAAAAAAAAAGAGAAGAAAAUUUAAGACAGAAAAAAUGUGUCGUAUACCUGUUACAUCCACACCUGCAUACACACACACAACACACACACACACACAUACACACACACACCCCAAAUCCUCUCAGAACUAAGAGGAAGCUGACUACUGAUCACAAAAUGGCCGCCCUCAAUGAGUGAGGCCUGAGAACUUUCCAGAAGCCCCAUCCGUGUAUGUCACGAGCUGAGUGGGCUCUGCUGUGAGACUUACUGACAGAGCUUGCUCUUGUUGAUACCCCUGCCCCAAAAUGCACUUUGAACUUUCAGGCCAGAGAAAGGGCCUCCCUCAGGGUGCCAACCUCUGUCAAGAUGAAAUUUUCCAAGAGUUUGGCCAGUUUGCGGAGGCCCGAUCCCCGCACCCCAAACUCACACCCGCUGGGUGUCUUCUGAACGGGCUGCUGUUCCCAGGGGUUCCCCAAAAGUGUAAGUACUUUGUCUUCUCUUUAGUGGACAUGAUUAAUAGAUUAUACUAUUUGGAAAAACCAAAUGGCAACAAAAAAUAUUCCAGUGUGAGAAGCUUCCCUCGCUUAACUGAAUUUGUCCUUGUGUUAGCUUAUUCCUGGGGACUCCCCAUGAGUACGUAUGUGGAUGUUCUCGUGCGUGUGCCCUCACAGGUGAACACAUGUGUGUGCCGUGUGUCCUCUUGGCGAGCAGGGCGGUGGACCAGAACCUCAGUCCUGAGUGCUCCCUUUUCUCUGCCUCUCCCGUCAGUGAAAUUUCACCCAGGUCCUCCUGUCUGUCAAGGCCCCACCUUCAGUAACAGUAGCGCAUCUGUAUGUCAAAUAAAUAGAAUAUCAUAAUAGAGCAAACGUAACACUUUUUGACCGAAUCAUGGUGAUCGUGACUCACAGAAAACCUGCAAAGGACGGUUAUGUGGAUUAAAAUGGCCACCGCAGCCACCCCACCCCAUCCAAGAUGCUCUCCUGACUUGUCACACUCUGAGGACCUUUCUGUGUUUGUGUUGUGAACCAAAGUCAUUUCUCUCUAAGUGCUAAGGAAUUCGUGUAGUUAGAGUAGAUCUCUCUGUGUCGGAUGCUUCUGUAUCUUUUCCCACAGCAUAUUGUCUGGCAUAAGGGGGAGCGAUUUGUUGAAAUUAAAGAUUAUUUAUUUGUGCCAUGCA